AGGAAGUGAGUUCCUGUUUCAGGUAACACUACAGGUAGGGUGAGGUUUUCCUCCGCCAUCGUCGACGGUUUGUUUAUAGAAGAAAAGCAAUAGUAAUUUAAAUUCGGUCUCUUUGGUUAAUUUGAUUCAAUACCUCCUCGGCUUUAAGUGCAGCUUAUCGGAAAGUGCAAGUAUGAAGGCAGACGGGUCCAUGGCUAACAGGCCAGAUAACACUGCAUUCACACAGCAGCGACUUCCUGCCUGGCAGCCCAUUCUGUCCGCUGGUAUCGUCAUCCCUGGCUUCACUCUCAUUGGCCUGGCCUUCAUUGGUAUCGGAGUGGCACUCUUUGUCACAUCGCAGAACAUCAAAGUGCUGGAGAGAGAUUACACAGGCAAUUCAGAUGAUUCUUCCUGUGCCAAAUGUGCGGACGCUCCUAAAAAAAACUGUGUAUGUGAGGUCAAAUUCUCCUUCAAUGAGCUUUUUGAGGGCCCUGUCUUCUUCUACUAUGGUCUGUCUAAUUACUAUCAGAACUACAGAUCAUACGGCGUGUCUGUUGACCUCAACCAACUGGUGGGGGAGAGAAAGUACUUUCUGUCUCCAGAAAGCACCUGCUCUCCCUAUCGGAAUAAUGCCAGUGAGACGCCUAUUGUUCCCUGUGGGUCCAUAGCAAACAGCAUGUUCAAUGACUCCUUUAAGCUAUACCGGAUUGUCAAUGGGCAGAAGAUGCUGGUUCCAUUUGACAGGAAAGGAAUUGCAUGGUGGACAGAUUACAACGUCAAAUACAGGAAUCCUGCUUCUGUCAAUGGCUCCUUCACUAAGGCAUUCGCAGGUACAACAAAGCCCAUAAACUGGCCAAAACCUGUGUAUGAGCUGGACCCAAAUGACCAGGCCAAUAAUGGCUUCCUGAACCAGGACUUCCUGGUGUGGAUGAGGUGUGCAGCACUUCCCAACUUCAGGAAACUGUAUGGGCGAGUCACUGGGGGAGCUUAUGCAGAUGGCUUGCCUGCUGGAAACUAUACCUUAGAGAUCAACUACAAUUACCCUGUACAGAGCUUUGACGGCACAAAGAAAGUGGUGUUCACCAACGUUUCCUGGAUGGGAGGAAAGAAUCAGUUCCUGGGCAUUGCCUACCUUGUGAUAGGUUCUCUCUGCAUUGUCAUGGCAGUAGUCAUGCUCAUUGUUUACGCAAAAUACAAGUUUCCAGAUGAUGGCGCAUAAUAUGGUUGUACUUGCAUAUAUAGUAUGAAAGAUUGUCUUGUUACCUUGUUCUUUUUCUUAUCCUCAGAAAAUCCCAGCCAGAUCACAGCUUUUGCUAUUUGUUUUUGAUCAGUGUUUUUGAGCCCUUCAGAACACUUUACAGGUUUGAAUCUGAAAUGCAGUAAAAUAUUGGACUAGGAGCAUAGUAUACACUGUACAGUAUGCAUAAGUCAGUUGGACUAAAGGUGAAAAAAAUACUUUAAAUCUGGUAUUAAAGGGAAAAAUCCAUCCUGACCAACUUGUGCAAGUUUUUACAUUUUAUUAUCCAAGAUUGAGUUGACUUUUUAGAGUUUAAAUGUCAACAUAUUGGUCUAUUUUCACUCCAUUACCCACAAUGCUAUUUGGCUACCUGCUUGUAGUGGUGACAAUGGGAAUUCUUUUCUAUUUAAUGGUGAUACAGCAGUGAUUGUCUGUCCACUUCUUUCACUUCCUCAUCUGUACACUCUGCUCAAACAGAUCAGCUUCAUUCCUGCACUAUUGCAUUUGUCAUCUUGUGGAUCGCCAAGCUGAGUUUCUGCCAUAGCUCUGUAAAACUGCAUCGUAAAACUGCAUCAUGUGACUGCAUGACCUUCUAGAACUGUCUUAUGCUUGCUGUCUCUAGUACGUCUAUGAAAACGGCAGAACCUGAGCAUUACUAAUUACUAGAUGUCUGAGAUCGUUUAAAUUAUUUCUCCUAUGAAACACUAUUGUAAUAGACUUUAAUAUUGUGGUAGUGAUGUGCCUCUCCCACAUGUGACAUCAGUGCAUCACAACUGCUAGCGUCUCACAGGAAUAAUGAAAAUGUCACGUCAUCCAGCAAAUUAAUGCAAGAAUCACUAAGCACACUACAAUACAGGUAUGGAAAAACUCAGACUCAAACUCAGUGGAUGCUUAAGUGGCUUCUUAAUUUUUUUUUUCCGUAGCUAUAUUUCAAUUGACCCAUAUUUAAUGGGUGUCAGGGUGGAGUUUUCCUUCAAAGGCUACACUAACUCAAUGUUUGACACAAAUACAGACCCCACUGUCUUACAAAAUACACUAUUGGCAAAUUUAAUGUUGCACUUUUGCUGUCAUCCUAAAGACAGUUUUAAAGGGAAAUCAUGAGACUCUUAAUGCUUCAGCUCAGUAUUCCCCCCCCCUUCAAUUUUUGUAUGUGUUCAGAAAGGUGAAUAGCACUCUUAGGCUCUGGUGGUCCCAAAGCUUGGCAUCAGUGUGUUUCUCAGGGGCUGUAUGAAGGGUAAUUCAUCUCUUGACAAUCAUAGCUCAAAGCCAUCACACUUACUUUUUUUUAUAUCGCAAAGUUUUAUUUAAUUCCAAUCAAGUCAUAUGUUUACUCCAUAUGUGAGGAUUGAGCUUUAAAAUUGAGUGUUUGCUUUCCUGACUUUAUAAAGCCAUUUUUAGUAAUUAUCUGAAAUGCAUAAAUUAGCUGUAUUGUUAGAAAUUAUCCUAAUAUAAAAGUACUUAUCUACUAUAGGACUUUUUCCUCAGAUUAACCUUUUACCUGUGUUCAAAACUUUUUUUUUUUUUUUAAAUUGGUAAUUGGUGAGAACUUUUUCAGGGACUGUUCAAACACCCCCACCCCAAAAAACUGCUGUUUUGUAACUGUUGGAAAAGCCCAUUUUAUGCCAGUGUAACAAGUCAUGUCAACCAGUGACUUCCAGCUAAAGUUAAAGGUGUAUUAUGUGUGUAUUUUAAAAGCUUUAUAUUGCUGUGAUGAACAAACUCACUGCAUUGUCGAGACUCACUUGCUGUUGCUCACAGAAAUGUAUUUCAGUGAAAUGUAGUUUUAAGGUCAAAAUAUAGUUUUCCAUUCAAUAACUUCUGUGCAACACUGAUUCCGUCUCAAUAUUCUAUUCAACAGGUCCUCAUCAGGGGCGGCACGGUGGUGUAGUGGUUAGCACUGUCGCCUCACAGCAAGAAGGUCCGGGUUCGAACCCUGUGGCAGGCGGGGGCCUUUCUGUGAGGAGUUUGCAUGUUCUCCCAGUGUCCGCGUGGGUUUCCUCCGGGUGCUCCGGUUUCCCCCACAGUCCAAAGACAUGCAGGUUAGGUUAACUGGUGACCUCUAAAUUGACUGUAGGUGUGAGUGUGAAUGGCUGUCUGUGUCAGCCCUGUGAUGACCUGGCGACUUGUCCAGGGUGUACCCCGCCUUUCGCCCGUAGUCAGCUGGGAUAGGCUCCAGUUUGCCUGCGACCCUGUAGAACAGGAUAAAGCGGCUACAGAUAAUGAGAUGAGGUCCUCAUCAGCUUGCCCAUCUUACAGGUCUUAUUAUUUUAGUGGCUGAAGUGAAGCUUGUUAAAUGACUUGUGUGAUCAAAAUCAUCACUGAUGUAGACUUCAGGAGCAGAACUCACCUGGAAGUUGUUGCAUUCUGAUACAAAUUUAUUUCUGACUCUGGGGGGGGACACAGACAACGCUGUUUAUAAGCGAAUUCAGAAAAUGUAUAUUUUGCUUUCACAUUUCUGAAAUGCAAUGCACUAUACAGGCUGCUAAGGCAAUUGGCUUACUAACUCAUGUUAAUGUAGUACUGGUGAGGUUCAAAAUGAGUUUAAAAAAAAAAGCCUUCUGAUAUGACUCAGUACACAGUUCCAUAUAAAUAUAGUAUGCAGAGAACCAAGGAAAUGGCUUCACACUGAUUUUUCUAUUUUAAAAUCAGCUCUUGUUCAGCAAAUGGGCACCUGUGUGAGGGGAGGUCUACAGUAUGAGGCAUGUUCAAAAGAAUAUUGAAACGGAUAAGAUGGAAAAGACUGUUGUGCGUGGUCUACAAAUGCUGGCCUUUUGAAUGAGAUUCUUUCAACAAUGUAAAUUUUCUGAAUGAUUAGUCUGUUAGGGCGGCACGGUGGUGUAGUGGUUAGCGCUGUCGCCUCACAGCAAGGAGGUCUGGGUUUGAGCCCUGUGGCCGGCGAGGGCCUUUCUGUGCGGAGUUUGCAUGUUCUCCCCGUGUCCGCGUGGGUUUCCUCCGGGUGCUCCGGUUUCCCCCACAGUCCAAAGACAUGCAGGUUAGGUUAACUGGUGACCUCUAAAUUGACCGUAGGUGUGAAUGUGAGUGAAUGGUUCUGUGUCAGCCCUGUGAUGACCUGGCGACUUGUCCAGGGUGUACCCUGCCUUUUGUCUGUAGUCAGCUGGGAUAGGCCUGUGACCCUGUAGAACAGGAUAAAGCGGCUAGAGAUAAUGAGAUUAGUCUGUUACUGCUAGUGCCAUACCAGAUAAACUCUUCCAAUUUUAAAAUGUACAAUACCAGUUAAAUAGUUGGACACCAUCUAAUUCUAUUUAAUAAUGACACUUCAUGUAUUUAAAGUAAUGAUGGAUGCCAUUUUGCUUUUACUUUGAGCGUUUCUUGACCUAUGGAUUACUGUGUGGGGUAAAUAUCAAAUAUUGUUUAAAAGUUAAACAAAACACUACCACAAUUCCAUACAUGUUCUAUGUUAUUUCAUAGUUUUGAUGUCUUCAGUGUUGUUCCAUAAUGUAGAAAAUAGUCAAAAUACAGAACCUAUGAAUGAGAAGGGAUGUACAAACUUUUUAAACUGGUACUGUAUAUAUUUAGUCAAACUGCAAUUUUGAGUGAUGAAAUGGCUUUGUUCUUGGGGAAUAAACAAUUUGAAGUCUGAA